UCCCCCCAUGGGAGUUGGAUGCAGGCGUCCUCGCGGAAAUAUACCAUAUGAGGUCUGCGAGGAGGAACGCUGGAGAGCGGAUAGAACUCGAGGACAUGUGUCGCGCCAGGCUCCAAGCUCAGGAAACCCUGCUGCGUCGCUGGUCCGAGCACCUGGAUGCUAGUGAGUAUGGAAGACUUGCGGGACGGACGAUCGCCGCGAUCCGCCCGGUCCUCCAGGAAUGGAUGGAAAGACGACACGGUCACCUUACCUACCGAUUGGUGCAGGUGCUAACCGGCCAUGGGGCUUUUGGUUGGUACCUGCAUCAUAUCGCUAGGAGGGAACCAACCCCCGAGUGUCACGGGUGCGGCGCUGUGGAAGACACGGUGGACCACACCCUCGUGGACUGUCCGGCUUGGGUUCCGCAGCGUCGCGCUUUGGUUUCGGCGGUGGGUGUAGACCUCUCGCUUCCCAGCAUAGUCAAAGCUAUGUUGGGAAGCGAGACUGCCUGGAAGGGAAUGGCCACCUUCUGCGAAGAAGUCAUGUCGCAAAAGGAGGCUGCGGAGCGGAUCAGGGAGGAAGAUCCCCUCGCUGAUCCGAUUCGCAGAAGCCGGAGAGGUAGACGGAGGAGGCAAUACGCCACCCUCCUUCAUCAACCUCUUGCAGCGGGACCGUAGGCUUUGGGUCAGGGCCCCGACAUCUACAAUGUAGUCCCACUAGUCUGGGGGUGGUAUCUGUGUACCAAUAUCGCCCCACCCUAUUGACUGAGGCCCGGCAACUGCCAGGUCGUGCGUGAGAGGGGAGUGGAAGUCGACCAAACGGGUUCCCACUCCUCCCUGAUACACGAUGCACGGUACAUGGUGGAUAGGUUUAGUGGGUAGGGUCCGCUAAAUAGGACGAGCCCCACACACCUCCCAGCAACCCCUCGUGACUGGGAGACGGUGCGCAAACGCAU